CAAUUUCGUUCCAAAACCACAAAGCGCAUGCCACCAACACCACCACCACCACCACUCUCUCUCCCUCUCACACUCACCGCAUAAAUACAGAGUGGGGGGCUUAUCUAUCUCUCAAUCACCAAGGACUGCUCACCAGCCAGACACUCACCAGGGGAAACUCCUCACCAACGGUGACAGCUCACCACCUCCAACCAAGCGGCCCAGGACACCGAUGGCGCCGCUACGUCCUCCCCGUUUCGCCUCCCUCCUCCUCGUCGCCUCCCUCCUCCUCGUCGUCCUCCUCGUCCACCUGGCCGACUCCACCCCCUCCUCCUCCUCGUCCACCUCGUCCACCUCGUCUCACUCCGGAGCGCUGAGAUCUCGACGACGCCCGGCAGGGCGCUCAUCCUUCUCACCGUCGUCCUCCGGCAAAGGUGGACGAUCUCCCUCCUCGUCCUCCUCGUCCUCCUCGUCCUCCUCGUCCUCCUCGUCCCCGUCCGGUGGACGAGGCGCCGGCGGGCGAGGCGGAAAGUCCGGGGCGAAAGCGCGAGGCUGGCCGACGAGCGGCCAUUUCUCCACCGUCGGCAGAGGAGGCGGAGGAGGAGGAGGAGGCGGAGGAGGAGGCAGAGGAGGCAGAGGAGGAGGAGGAGGAGCCACGGGCAUCUGCAGGUGGCACCGCUGGGACGAUGGCGAGCGUGCGAGGGUGGAGCUCUCCUGCACCUCCACCUCCUCGUCCACCUCCACCUCCUCGUCCACCAGCGCCACCUCUUCGACCACGUGCGUCUUCGAGGGACGCCCCGGUAGGACGUGCCGGUCGCCCUCGUCGGUGUCGGGGGGCGCUCCCCGAAGGCAGAGGUCUUACUGGCGCGACGCGGUGAAGAGGCUCCGCUCGCUCGCGCCCAGCCCCUGCGAGGCCUCAUCCUCAUCCUCCUCCUCGUCCUCGUCCUCCUCCUCAUCCUCCUCUUCCUCGUCCUCGGCGGCGGCGGCGGCCUACGUCGUCACGAUCAAUCCCGGAGGUUGUGGGCGGGAUCCAUCGCAGAUGUUGACCAGGGUCACGUCCGGUGGUGACGGCGGUGGCGACGGAGGCGGUGGAGGCGGUGGUGGCGGUGGAGGCGGCGGUGGAGGCGGUGGAGGCGGUGGAGGCGGUGGAGGCGGUGGUGGCGAUGUCACGCCGGAAGAGUUUGCGCAGGAGAACUGCCCGGAGGGGUGGUGGUCGCUGUGCUCAUUGGCGGUGGGAGCUCUGAGCGGGUAGAGGGGUCACAGAUUCAUCGCACAGAGACCCAUAGAGUACUCACACAGACCCAUAGACUACUCAUAGAGACCCAUAGAGUACUCACACAGAGACCCACAGACU